UACAAACACAAAUAAUACAGUAAAAUGGCAAUGCCCCAAAUAAGCUCGGCCGACCAGGCGAAAUUGCAGCUGAUGCAAGAAAUGGAAAUAGAAAUGAUGUCGGAUUUAUAUAACCGCAUGACAAACGCCUGUCAUAAGAAGUGUAUCCCUCCACGAUAUGGCGAGUCGGAAUUGGGCAAAGGCGAGAUGGUCUGCAUUGACAGAUGUGUUGCUAAAUAUUUGGAUAUACAUGAAAAGAUUGGCAAGAAGCUCACAGCAAUGUCAAUGCAGGAUGAGGAGCUUAUCAAGAAAAUGUCUAGUUAAACAUGCAAUUCAAUGGUUUUGGUCAUAUUGACGCAAAUCCCUGUACUCGUACAAUAACCAAUCAUCAAAUGGGCAUUUCAAUCGUUACGUUAACUUGUUACACAAAUAAACAUUCACAACAGA